AUGGAGAUCAAGCGCAAACCGGCCCCGUCUCUCGCGCCUGUCGACUAUGGUGUCGUGCAUCGGCCCUUGACACCGAACCCACCGCCCCCAUAUUCUCCAUACCGAGCUUACUCUCCCUAUUCCGCGUCCCCGUCUUCUCCUCAGUCUUCCUCGUACUUCCCCCCUCUUCCGCCGCGGCCUGUUACACGCUCGCCCUCUCCUUCUCUCCACCCGUCGUCUCUUGAACCACCUCACUCCCUCCCACGGUAUCGAAGCCAGCCAAACCUCCGCGGCGGCGAUCCUCCCAGUCCCCAACCCAGUCCUCCCGUUGCACGCGCCGAAACAUCGCUUCCAGCAACCACCUCUGAAAAGUCCACGUUCUCCGCCGACGCCCGCUAUUUCCUCGGUGGCCUCAUCCACCAUCCCUCUGAAUCGACAAAACACUACUCUAUUCUCCGGCACUCCCACGGAAUUGUGUUCUACCGCGGCCCAACAACCUCCGUAACCGUUUCGAUCUUCGCUGACACCCCACUCUCCGCCGAUCGCUCGCUCUGGCUACAAUGCAAAGGAUGGUCCGGGAAGACAGGAAUGCGCGCGAAAGCGCUCUUUGGCCUCCAUGAUGACUGGGUGAAUGUAACCCCGCCGCUCGCUGUUCGCGUUGACCAAGUCGAGCCGAACAAAGAGCGCGCGUGGCAGCGGGAUAUCGCCAAAUUCCACAAAAAAGCUUCCAAACGGGUGCGGGACACCCACCGACUCCGCGAGACCGUCAUUGCGCGGAUUCCGCCGGACGCUGAGGAUGGUUAUUUCCAGCUCAUCCUGUGUCAGGGGGAGAAGAAGGUGCUGUGCCGUAGCCCUGUUUUCCGGAUCCUUUCGACUUCGAUGGAUCCCAGCUCGUUACGUGGAGCGAGUCUGACAACUAUGCCGCUGGAACUGGGUGCCAUGGUUGCUGGGAAGUACGCGCAGGUGGCGGCUUCCAAAGUAGUGACUCCGGUGACUGCGGUAGCCAAUACCGCCUCGGAUCGCUACCGACCAGGUUGGGUCAAGGAGAGCGCUAUCAAAACGGCAUAUGGAACUGCGCAUGGAGUCAUUCAACCUGAUCGGGGGCCUGGUCCAGAUGCAGCCGUCCCACCAUCUGUGGAGGACGGCCCUCAGGCACCUUAUCCCCUUGGUUUCACCGCACGAGCUUCGCAAACACUUGAUCCCACGCGCAUACCUAUCAAAAUCCCAUCCGACAUCCAGGACAAGCUCCGGGGUCACUUUUUCGGUUGGGCGCAAACCGGCCCUAGCCAGCUCUGGCAGAUGGUCAUCCUAUCCGUUCGCUUAUGGGACGCUUCACAAGCCACCGGACCUGUGUCGUUCUCGCAAACCACGCGCAAAGCGGCAGUCCUUCGGUUUCCCCAUGAAUCCCCUACUCAAAUUCCCCCAUCAAUUAGCCUCCGCAUCCUUGGCUUCCUCCGCCCGGAUGUCCCGCCUCCUUCAGCACGGACACAAAACGACCUGGCUACAGCACGUCAAGCAGCAGCAGACGAGGCUCUACUUGCUGAUCAAUACGACACGGAAUACGUGCAAGCGCUUCUAGAUCACCCACUGUGGGGUCCUGACGCGGCGGACCGCCGGGGAUGGCUCGAUCGGACCAGGGACGGUGCAGGGAAUCUCAUUACACAAGGGAAGAAGAUGGCCGAGCGGGUUGGGGUGCGGAGCGGCGUGGAGCAGGAAUCCAUGGGGGGCUAUUACAUUGUCCGCGACUAG